CUCGAACUUUGCUAUUUCGCCGUCAUGGGUGGCUUCUAGGUGUCCAUUGAAGACGUCUACCCUGGCCCGGAUUCCAUCGAGUGGAAUCUAGAGGUUCCAAAGAGGGUCGCGCUUUCUACACACGGCAUGCUCCUGCUUGUCGAGCGGGGCCAUUUUAUCACCAUAUCAAAGCAGGAUAUUGAGGACAGAAGCAAGGCCAAUCUUCUUCAAGAGGUGCUCGUCAUUACCCAAGUAGGCUGGAUGGCCGUGCAGUGCGCCGUUCGGGAGGCUAGGGGUCUUCCCAUUUCCCUUCUUGAAUUGCACACGCUAGUUCAUGCCGUGUGCGCCAUUAUCAUGUACGCAUUUUGGUUCAAAAGCCCGUGGAUGUCCGAGACCUCAGGAUCGUUAACACGAAGGCGUUCGAAAACGAGACGGCUCUAAUGGUCCAAGAACAAUUCUGUGCCGGCGCCGAGAACGCGAACGCUGUCAUAUACCCUCCUGCUCCAGCCGAGAGCCACAACCGCCCGGGUGGAGAGCCGCUGGCAAAGAAAUAAGUCCGUGGUAACGGAGAGUCUCGCGCCCAGCUUGAGACAUUGCUCGACACAGACAGGCGGGUAGUGCCAUUGGUCGGGCUGAGCAAGGCAAGCCUAUCACCACCAUCAAACGGGGCCCGGCCCUAGCUUGCGGAUGGGAUUAUGGGGAUUCACAGAUAAGCAGGACAUAUCAGAGUGGUUGUCACCGCACAUUCAACUAGAUGAAGCAAGGCUGCAUUAAGGUCG